UCCCUCCUAAUUGAUUAUGAAGCAUCGGGGCAAUCGUGGAUGACGAGCGACGACCCACGAACGGCGACCACGAACGACGACGACCCACGAACGACGACGACCCAAGUGAAUCCUUACAUGGAAGACCACUCUCAGGUUGUGAACAUGAUGGUCGAUAGUGAGAAAGAUUGGACACCUUACAUGGACAUGGAAUUUGAUACACUUGAUGAGGCUUGGGAGCAUUGGUGCCAUUAUGGAAAACAAGUUGGAUUCUCGACAAGAAAGAGUUUUUUAAAUAGAAGCAAGUUAGAUGAAAAGGUUACAACAAGGGGAUUCGUAUGUUCUAAACAUGGUGUCCGUUUAGAAGACAAACGCAGGGUUCAUAGCAGCCAUAGAGAUGAGACAAGAACGAAUUGUCAUGCAAGGCUACUUGUUCGAUUGAAACGAGAAAGUGGUAAGUAUGUAGUAUAUGAUUUUGUCGCUGAACAUAAUCAUCAACUUCACCUUCCACAAACCACAUAUAUGAUGAGAUCGCAGAGAAAAAUUUCUGAAGUUCAAGCCCGUGCCAUUGAUUUAGUACGUAGUGCUGGAAUCAAGCCUAAGGACGCACAUGAGUUGAUGAGUAGAGAGGCUGGUGGCAGGGAUAGCCUUGGAUACAUUGCAAGUGAUCAUAAAACUUAUCUCAGAACAAGAAGAGAGAAAGCAAUGAAGUAUGGGGAAGCUGGCUGCAUUUUAAGGUACUUUCAAGAUGAACAAAUUAAAAAUCCUUCAUUUCAUUAUGUGGUUCAAUUAGAUACUGAAGAGCAAAUUACUAAUAUUUUUUGGGCUGAUGCAAGAAUGAUUAUUGAUUAUGGUUAUUUCGGGGAUGUAGUCACUUUUGAUACUACAUAUGGUACUAACAAAAAUCUAAGACCUCUAGGUGUAUUUACUGGAUUUAAUCACCAUAGAGGUGUAGUCAUUUUUGGUGCUGCUCUGCUUUAUAAUGAGACAAUAGAUUCUUUCAAGUGGUUGUUUAGAAGCUUCUUAGAUGCACAGAAUGGGAAAUGGCCUCAAACAAUAUUUACGGAUCAAGAUGCUGCAAUGGCUAGAGCAUUAAGACGAGAUGCCUAA